UAAACUAUUAAUCACAUGAUAGAAAAGUAUGGCAGACGAUAAAUCAAGUUUAUUAAAAGGAAAACAGAAUGACCUGGAACAAGGAAUUUAUUACGAACAAUCACCUGCAACAAGAUGUGUGCAGGGUUGUUUCGUUGCUCUCGUUGUAAUAAUGGUCAUAAUCAGCAUUAUACUUAGUAUGGUCCGAGGGACAGAACUAGGAACCUAUGGUGGGGGACAUUUCAUGCUUGGCAUAAGUCUUAUAGGGUUCGUGGUGCUGGAAAUAUUCAUGAUAGUUUUUAUUCGGAGGGGCGAUUUACCGAAAGAGAAGACGUGGUUUCUGUACUUUGUUGGGGGAUGUGUUAUACUGGAAGCAAUCUUUACCGAUAUCCUACUGUAUCAAUGAAAACUUUUAUAUAAAAAAGGUGUGACUAAUUUAUUUACCAUGUAUAUAGACCUUUAUUUCCCCCGGAAUAGUGUUGGUUGAUUAGUUAAUAUAGACUGCAAAAUCACUCCAUGGACACUCUCCUCAUGAAAAAUAGACAUAAACUAUGAUGGCACAAUUAUACGAUCCAUAUUAUGUCUUACUGUAUACUGUUUUGUAUUUGUUUUAUUUGUUUGUUUUUUUAUUUUACACAAUUCCGUUUGUUUGUUUUAUUUGCAUGGAACGCCAAAUA